UGAUGCAACCACAGCCACACACUACAGCUUCCACGUUUGCUUCCUUCUAAAAUUAAAACUACCUGACUCUGUUUGUUGGGUUUUGCUGUGAAGGAUGGCAGCCUAGUGUUUCCCUGCAGGAUGAAGGCAAUGCGCAGAGGCAGACCCUGGUGCCUGGGGACCCUCAUCGCCCUCUGCCUGGCCGCCCUCCCCGGCAGCAGCGCCUGUCCCAGGCUCUGUGCCUGCUACGUCCCCACCGAGGUGCACUGCACGUUCCGGUACUUCACAGCCGUCCCACCACACAUCCCCCCAAACGUGGAGCGCAUCAAUCUGGGUUACAACAGCUUGCUUAAACUGAAGGAAACGGAUUUUUCUGGCCUGGAGAAACUGGAGUUACUGAUGCUGCACAGCAACGAGAUAAAUACAAUCCCUGAUAAGGUGUUCAGUGACUUAUAUUCAUUACAGGUCUUAAAAAUGAGUUACAACAAGGUCAGAGUACUUCAGCAGGAUGUUUUUUAUGGUCUAAGGAGCUUGGUACGGUUACAUAUGGACCACAAUGAAAUUGAAUUUGUAAAUCCCAAUGUUUUCUAUGGACUCACAUCACUGAGGUUGGUCCACUUGGAAGGAAAUUUACUUAAGCAGCUUCAUCCAGAUACCUUUGUCACCUUGCGCUACAGCCAAAUAUUUAAAAUAUCCUCCAUGAAGCACAUAUAUUUGUCUGACAACGUGUUGACUUCAUUACCACAAGAAAUGUUUUCCUACAUGUCUGAGCUAGAGAGCAUUUACCUUCAUGGAAACCCAUGGUCCUGUGAUUGCAAUCUACAGUGGUUUGCAGAAUGGGCAAAGCAGAGACCAGGCACCAAUGCUCUGGAUGGCCGAGGUGACGGCAGAUGGAUGGUGUUUGCCAACGGCACGCUCUCCAUCGCGCGGGCGGGCCUGGAGGACCGGGGACAGUACCUGUGCACCGCAGCCAACCCACACGGCGUGGCACGGCUCCUGGUCACCCUGUCGGUAGUGGCCUACCCACCCCGCAUCACCGGUGGCAGGUGGCAGCUCCUCACUGCUCAUUCUGGAAAGCCGGUGGCAGUGAAGUGCAGAGCUGAGGGCAGGCCUCCUCCCACCAUCUCGUGGGUUCUAGCAAAUAAAACACACAUUUCUGACUCUUCUGCAGGAAAUAGCAAAGUUUAUGUGGAACCAGAUGGCACUUUAAUUAUCAAGGAAGUCACUGUUUACGACAGGGGCCUCUACACGUGCAUGGCUAAAAACCCAGCGGGCACUGACACACUGGUUGUAAAACUGCAGGUCAUCGCAGCACCUCCUGCUAUUCUGGAAGAGAAGAGACAACGUGUUGAAGGAAUGAUGGGGGAAAAUUUGAAAUUCCCCUGCACUGUGAAAGGGAAUCCUCAGCCCACUGUCCACUGGGUUCUCUUUGAUGGCACGGUGGUGAAACCUCUGCAGUUUGUAAACGCAAAGCUGUUCCUGUUCUCCAAUGGUACCCUCCACCUCAGCAACGUCGCUCCUUCUGACAGCGGGAAUUACGAGUGCAUUGCCACAAGCUCGACUGGCUCCGAAAGGAGGGUGGUAAGCCUCGUGGUGGAACACAGAGAUAUGCUUCCAAAAAUAGCUACUGCUUCUCAAGAAAUUACUCGGUUGAAUUUUGGGGAUAAGUUGCUUCUGAACUGCACAGCAACUGGGGAGCCAAAGCCCAGGAUCAUCUGGAGGUUACCUUCCAAGGCAGUUGUUGACCAGUGGCACAGAAUGGGAAGUCGAAUCCGUGUCUACCCCAAUGGAUCCUUGGUUAUUGAUGCAGUUACUGAAAAGGAUGCAGGUGACUAUUUGUGUGUCGCAAGAAACAAAAUUGGCGAUGAUCUGAUACUAAUGAAAGUCAGCAUCACAAUGAAACCAGCCAAGAUUGACCAGAAACAGUAUUUCAAGAAAUUGGUGCCAUAUGGAAAAGAUUUCAGAGUGGACUGCAAGGCCUCUGGGUCACCCGCACCAGAAAUAUCCUGGGGUUUGCCAGAUGGGACAGUGAUCAAUAACGCGAUGCUGGCAGAUGACAGUGGACACAGGUCUCGCAGGUACAUCCUCUUUGACAAUGGAACCCUCUAUCUCAACAAAGUUGGAGUAACAGAAGGAGGAGACUAUACCUGCUAUGCUCAAAACACACUGGGAAGAGACGAAAUGAAGAUACGCAUCACGGUCGUCAUGGCAGCCCCUCAGAUAAAGCACAAUUACAAGACAUACAUUAAAGUGAAAGCUGGAGACAUGGCAUUACUGGACUGUGAAGCUGUUGGAGAACCCAAGCCAAAAAUAUUCUGGUUGCUCCCUUCCAGUGACAUGAUCUCCUCGUCAACAGACAGGCACUUCCUGCACGUCAAUGGUUCUCUAUCGGUCAGUCAAGUCAAACUGUUGGAUGCUGGGGAGUAUAUGUGUGUUGCUCGUAAUCCUGGAGGGGAUGACACAAAGCUGUAUAAACUGGAUGUUGUUGCUAAACCACCCAUCAUAAAUGGUUUAUACGCAAACAAAACAAUCAUGAAAGUGACAGCAGUGAAGCAUUCGAAGAAACAAAUUGACUGUAGGGCAGAAGGGACACCUCCCCCUCAGAUUAUGUGGAUCAUGCCCGAUAAUAUUUUCCUAACGGCUCCAUAUUAUGGGAGCAGGAUUGCAGUGCACAAAAAUGGAACGCUUGAGAUUCGGAACAUAAGGCCUUCUGACACAGCAGAUUUUAUCUGUGUGGCACGUAACGAUGGGGGAGAGAGUAUGUUGGUGGUGCAGCUGGAGGUAUUGGAAAUGCUAAGACGGCCGAUGUUUAAAAAUCCAUUCAAUGAAAAAAUAAUAGCAAAACCUGGAAAAACUACCACAUUGAAUUGUUCUGUGGAUGGAAACCCUCCACCUGACAUAAGCUGGAUGUUGCCUAAUGGCACAUGGUUUUCUGGGGGCAUCCAGAGUUCCCAGUUUGUCACGGGUAGCGGCGGUACCCUUACCGUCUAUAAUCCCGAUAGAGACACAGCAGGGAAGUAUCGCUGUGCUGCCAGGAAUAAAGUUGGGUACAUUGAAAAGCUGAUCAUCUUGGAGGUUGCCCAGAAGCCCACUAUCCUCACUCACCCCAAGGGGCCAGUGAAGGGCAUUAGCGGGGAGUCACUGUCGCUUCACUGCCUGUCUGAUGGGAGUCCCAAACCAAAAACAGCCUGGACUCUGCCGGGCGGCCACGUGCUGGAUCGACCGCAGAUCAACAGGAAAUACAUCCUGCUGGAGAACGGGACUUUGGUUAUACGAGAAGCCACCAUUCACGACAGAGGGAGUUACGUGUGUAAGGCCCACAACGACGCCGGGGACUCCUCUGUAACUGUCCCGGUGGUUAUCGUAGCCUAUCCCCCCAGGAUCACCAACAGACCACCACAGACCAUACACACCCUGCCCGGUGCAGCAGUCCAGCUCCACUGCAUAGCGCUGGGAAUACCAAAGCCAGAGAUCACCUGGGAAUUACCUGACCGCUCGGUGCUCUCUACAGGUCACCACAGCCGAGCCUCUGGGAGCCAACUGCUUCAUCCCCACGGGACCUUACUCAUCCAGAACCCCCGGCCCUCAGAUUCUGGCGCCUACAAGUGCACAGCGAAGAACCACCUUGGCAGUGAUUUCACAGUAACAUACAUUCACGUCAUUUGAAAUAAGAAAUACAGCAGCAAUUAUUGGUAACAAAAUCCACAGCUGGACUGAGUUCCUUCUUGGAAUAUGUUUAACCAAAGGCAGCCAUCGGCAUGUAAGUGCCUAAAUACAUGUACAGUAUUCAGUCUGUGAUGACCAUGCAAAAUUAAAACAAGAGAGAAAGGGCUUGGGGGAAAUUAGAUCUAGCCUUAUUAUCUAGCAUUGGUUCUUUCAGUGAUUAAUCAGACUUAAAUAAAAACAAACUUAAGGCACAUUUUCUCUGCCAGCAAACAUUGAGUAUCAAAAAAAAAAAUUACUUUCUGGAAACGUACCUAGAGAUCUUCAGUAAAGGAUAGACUUUUUUGUAUUAGUUUAAUAUUGUCGACCUUGUAUAACUAUCAUCAGCGUGGGUCACAUAAAGCAAGAGUAUCUGAGAACCAAAGAGCAGAUUUUAUCGUGAUGCAGAUUAUCUUCUUAAUAUGUUUGAAUAUUUAGUAUGUUUUUUUAAUAAAUAUUGAAUGGUGAAA